ACAAAGUGAUCGCCGCCGGCAUGGCACUACCUGUCACCUUCAACAUGAUCCCUGCGGGCCAUGCGUGCACUACGGGGUCCGGGGAGGGACAGGGCUGCAGGCUUCCUUGUUUUGACGUCACCCGUUCCCAUGGCAGCAUGACAGCCUGGUCGUCUCCAGGGAAACGCGACAACAGUCCACACACGUCAGUAACAGUUACUCACAUAGUUUCUCUUUUCUUGGAUAACUCUGUGUUUAUCUGGAUGGACUGUGUCGGAGUUCACAACCUGCAGGCUCUGUCUGCUCUGCUGUCAACUCAGCAGGACGAUGAUGAAGAUGGAGAAGAGUGUAAAAAUGUGCCAGCCUGUGCACGGCUGGAUCCUGGACACAUUGGCCCCCAACCCAAAAAAGAUAAAGAAGUGACCACUGCCUAUGUGAAGAAGAACAGCAAAGAUAUCUGGAGCGAGGAGGAAGUGGCCGAGGGCUCCCAGUAUGAUGAUCUCGCUGAUCAGCGGCCACAGCCUGAGUAUGAAAUAAUCCUGAAGCAGAGCGUGGGGACUGAGGAUCUGUUCUUGGGGUUGAGCGGAAAGGAUCCGUCCUCCAUGUGCUGUGAAGCCAUGCUGGUGAAGAUCAAACUACCAAAUACUAAAGCUACAGAUGUGUUCCUGGAUGUAAAAGAAAAGUUCCUUGAUCUACGGACACCCCAAUAUAAGCUGGGUCUUCAUCUGCCACAUCCGACCCACAGAGACGGGGGGAAGGCUCAGUUCUUCAGUGAGAGGGAGGAACUGGAGGUGACUCUACCGAUGAAUCGCCCCAUGGAUUUUAUCAACAUGCCUUAGAGGAGAAGACGAAGAUGUGAAACCGGUGUACAGAGGAGACGACACACACUGUUUACGGGCCAAUUUAUCAGUAUAUGCACAACCUGUUUGUUUUCUGUCAUUUCCAUUUGGUAAAUGUUGAUUUAAUACUAUUUUUACACCUGUUCCCACGGAUUCUGUGAUUAUUAAAAUAGGUU